GACAUGUCCAUUCGACUGGACAAUCUGCUGGCUGCCCGCGGGCGUUCAGAGAGGGUCCUGUGCGUUCCACCACCCAGCCCCUCCGCUCCCAUUCCGAUGGAGUUGGGAGGGGCUGCGCCGAGGGGUACCGGAGGAGGAGGCCUUCCCUGCACCAACUGUGGUCGGAGAGGACACGCGUCUGAUCGGUGCUGGGGGGGUCCGUCUGGGAGUAGAGAUGGCAGGCGGAACGCUUCUCGAUCAUCCCAGGCCGGUGGUAGCUGGUCCCCUGCAGGACAGUGAGGUGCUGGAGGUCCCUCCCCCCUCUGGACAUCAAGGGGUCCCCGGCGUACACGAUCCGGGCCAUUCUGGACUCAAGACGCCGGGUGAGGGGCCUGCAGUACCUCGUGGACUGGGAGGGGUACGGCCCGGAGGAGAGGUGCUGGGUACCGGUGGGGGACAUCUUGGAUCCAUCCAUGUUGAGGGAUUUCCAUCGCCUCCAUCCGGAUCGCCCUGCACCUCGUCAUCCGGGGCGACCUCGAGGCCGGUGUCGGCGCGCUGCGGGAGCCGCGCGUCAGGGGGGGGGUACUGUCACGAGUGGCGCUCGGUGGUCGUCAUCACCGGCCUAUUAGCUGCCACUGAUUGUCUUUCCUCCCCCUCCUUGUAUGUUUAUUGGUAGCACCUGUUUAGGUAUGAUUAGUUUGUCUUUAUUAGACAGCCGGCCCGCCUGGUUGUUGUGCGGGAUUAUUUCAGUGUAAC